AAAAUGAAUUGAUCUCUUACUUCUCUAAUGCUUGUGUGAAUAAUGACAGCAAACAUUCAUUGAUUUGCUGAGAGCAAUGUUUAAAAAAUGGAGAUGAGCAUGGUGAUCUGGUUGCUCGCGGCGGCUCUCUCUGUAGCCUUUUUCUUUAAAAGUAAAAGGCGUAAUGGAUCCGCCACAAGAAGCGCCACUGUAAACAAUCUCGGUACUCAGAAAGUGUAUACAAAAUCUGAAGUUGCUUGGCACAACAAAAGGACUGAUUGCUGGAUCAUUAUAAAGGACAAGGUAUAUGAUGUAACUUCCUAUGUAGAGGAGCACCCAGGUGGAGAUUCAAUACUAGCCCAUGCUGGUGAUGACUCUACCGAAGGCUUUUACGGCCCACAACAUGCUUCGAGGGUGUUUGACAUGGUGGAUGAAUUUUACAUUGGAGAUUUGAAGCAGUAGGACAAAGCAAAAAAUUGCCUCAUCAUCCUUACCAUUCCAAUUUUUUCAAAAAGACAAGAAAUCAUGCAUUGUACGGGAUCAACAUGACUAAUUUUAGUUCUCUUGGAGGCAGUGGGACUAUAUGCAUGAUUUAAGUGUUAGAAUUCGAUGAUUGAAUAUCUAAUAUUAAUGUCUGGGAUGAUAAUAUUCUUUACCAAUAUUUGAGCCUACUUACUUUGGUCA